AUCGAAGAAAGCACUUGCACAUGCGGUUCAUAGAAAUAACACGAACCGACAGUCGAUUUGGCUUGUGACGUGGAUUAAAUUGCAAACAGUAGACGUUUAGGUAGAUGUGGUAACGUUUGUCGAUGAAAUAUUAAUACGUCAAAUAAAUGCCUUUCUUGAUAUGCAAAGCGAUAAAUAUGUGGCGUACAUUAUAUGUCGAUUAAUGCUAUGGACAACCACGGCUCUGCCAGCUCUGUGUUUUGAUUCUCGUCUUAAAAUGGACGCGCGCUUUGCUUUAACUGUCUUAUAGCAUUCGUGAUGUGCCGGGUUUAUACAACACAAGAGAAACUCCGUGACUAUUGCGAAUGUGCAAAUAAUUGUGGAGGUUUUGAGAUCGCGAGCUGGUGCCAUCUCUGUGAGCCUAUCAGAGCUGAAUGUCUGAGGAUGCCUUAAGCCUGCGCAUGCAUGUCUUUAAGUGUAUGAAUAUUCAUUAAAAACCAAAUUGCAAAAAAAAAAAAAAAAAAAAAAGAGUAACAUCGAUCAUGUACGUUUACAAAUAUGAGAGUUUUACAUGGAUCAGACUUGGAUGGAAUAGAGGUUAACAUUCCAGUGCAAGCUAUUUAGGAAGAAUUUAACCCCAACUAGAAAAUGACAUGUGAUGUAAAGCAAAUUAUUAGAAGACCCCUUUAGAUACUGUUUUAUCUUCAGUAAGAUUUGUUUACUUGUGGAUUCUGUUGUUAAAAAGACAAAUCAAGCAAGCAGUCUCCAAGGCCUUCAGUGAUUUUUCUGAUGGAAAAGCCCAAGCUGCAUCAAGCAACCAAAAAGAUAAGAUUCUCAAGGCUUGAUGAUCUGGAUAUUCUCACCUAAUCUCCAGGACUUUGGUUUCUCUAGGAAAAACUUGGUUCACACUCCAAAACCCUUUUCAGUGUCAUUUUCUUAGUCAUAUUAGAGCUGUAAUCUCACAUUGACUGACUGAAAUGGCUCUAUAAAUGUUAAGACAACCACAAAGUGUGCUGUGGACAAUCCAAGCGAUCGUUGAGGACAGAGCAGGGGCAGCCCAGCAGAAGCUUUAUUUAUUGAUUUCUUUCCUCAUCAAGAAUGCCUUUGCUCAGUAGAUGGGUUCUGCGUGGAUAAUGUGCGCAAGUUGACAGAGGGCCUCCUCCAGCUUUUUAGACCACAUCGCUGAUCUGAACACUCAGUGAUGGACCCAUAUAUGAGACAGAGUGGAGCUGGAGGCAGUGCUGCCCCGCUACCUUGCACCAGCAGCGGCGGUUCCUGUGGACCCCCAGUUCCCCCUGCCCUCCCAUCAAAUGCAAACUCAGUACCCUGCCUGACACAGAACAGCAGCAGCCAGAACUCCUGUACAUUUUCCUCCUCAGUGGGCUCCCCAGAAUCCCAUCUUUCUCAUCAUCAUGAAGGCAGUAACGUGUACUGGAUGGCUGUCUUUGAUUAUGAGGCCACAGCAGAUGAGGAGCUGACCUUGCGACGUGGCGACCUACUGGAGGUGCUCUCCAAGGACUCUAAAGUGUCUGGAGAUGAGGGUUGGUGGACUGGCAAGAUCCUGGACAAGGUGGGCAUAUUCCCUAGUAAUUAUGUGACCAGACGGGAUACGAGCUAUCCAGCAUUGCCUCCGGAAGGUCUGGUCGGUGGGGAGUCACCACUGGAGAUUGAUUUCUCAGAGCUGUGCUUGGAGGAGGUGAUUGGUGCUGGAGGCUUUGGAAAGGUGUACAAGGGUGUGUGGCAAGGUGAGGAAGUAGCUGUUAAAGCAGCUCGUCAGGACCUAGACGAGGACAUCAGUGCUACGGCAGAGAAUGUGAGGCAGGAGGCCAGACUCUUCUGGAUGCUCCGACACCGUAACAUCAUCUCUCUUCGAGGUGUUUGCCUGCGAGAACCAAAUCUUUGCCUGGUUAUGGAAUAUGCCCGUGGUGGGGCACUUAACCGGGCACUUGCUGGGAAGAAGGUGCCUCCUCGGGUACUGGUGAAUUGGGCCGUGCAGGUUGCAAUGGGAAUGGACUACUUGCACAACCAGACCUUUGUGCCAAUCAUCCAUCGAGACCUCAAAUCCAACAACAUUCUGAUUCUGGAGCCUGUGGAGAGAGACGACCUGAGCGGGAAGACUCUGAAGAUCACAGACUUCGGCCUUGCUCGGGAAUGGCAUCGCACCACAAAGAUGAGCGCAGCGGGCACGUAUGCCUGGAUGGCUCCAGAGGUCAUCAAGCUGUCUCUGUUCUCCAAAAGCAGCGACGUGUGGAGUUUUGGAGUGUUACUCUGGGAGCUGCUAACUGGUGAGGUGCCAUACCGUGAAAUCGAUGCUUUGGCUGUGGCCUAUGGAGUUGCUAUGAACAAGCUGACCCUUCCCGUCCCCUCCACCUGCCCUGAGGCCUUUGCACAGCUGCUGGAAGAGUGUUGGUGUCCUAACCCACAUGGACGUCCUUCUUUUGGGAGUAUUUUGAAAAGGCUGGUGGACAUUGAGCAAUCAGCCAUGUUCCAGAUGCCCCUCGAGUCUUUCCAUUCCCUGCAGGAAGACUGGAGGCUGGAGAUCCAGCAGAUGUUUGAUGAACUACGAGCAAAAGAGAAGGAGUUGCGGUCUUGGGAGGAAGCUCUGGCGCGGGCAGCUGAGGAGCAGAGGGAGCAAGAGGAGCACCUGAGGAGGCGUGAGCAGGAGCUAGCCGAGAGAGAGAUCGACAUCGUGGAGAGAGAGCUCAACAUCAUCAUCCAUCAGAUGUAUCAAGAGAAACCACAUGUGAAAAAACGCAAAGGCCACUUCAAAAAGAGCAGACUGCUCAAACUUGGCAGGGACAGCAACUGCAUCAGUCUGCCAUCCGGUUUUGAGCAUAAGAUCACAGUGCAAGCGUCCCCCAGUGUGGACAAGAGGAAAGGGCAGGGUAGUGAAAGCACCACUCCUCCAGCCAGCCCAGGGGUCAUCCCUCGCCUCAGAGCCAUACGCUUGACGCCCAGUGAUGGAAGGAGGACGUGGGGCCGGACGGCAGUGUGUAAGAAAGAGGAUCUAGGGACCAAGAAGAAGGGCCGAACAUGGGGGCCCAGCUCCACACAUCAGCGUGAGAGAGUCGGUGGAGAGGACAGGUUAAAGUCACUCGGGGAGGGUAAGGUGUGGUCGUCCAGCGCUCCAAAUCUUGGGAAGUCCCCAAAACAUGCUCCGAUGUCAGCUGGAUUCUCAAGCCUAAAUGAAAUGGAGGAGCACAGUGAGUGUGAUGACGGUUCCCCAGGAUGCCUGGCUCCUGACCUGGGCAGUAAUGGAGCGAUGGAGGAGCUGGGUUCAGGGCCGGGAAUAGGCUCACAGGAUUCAGUUCGGCGCAGCAGCCAGAGGAAAAAGAGUGACCUGCUGCUGCUGGGCUGUGCCUCUGUACUGGCCGCUGUGGGCCUGGGCUCCGACAUAUUCCAGCUGGGACGACAACAGAUGAGUCAAGACGAGCAGGACCCACGAGAGGAGCAGAGAAAGAAGAAGGAGGGUUUGUUCCAGCGCACGGGUCGAUUUAGACGCAGCACCUCUCCACCCAGCCGCACACUGUCACUCUCCCUGUCCCACAACCGCCAUCCCGACUCCAUCCUGCCCAGCAUGGACCCGUCUCCUUCUGUUACCCUCCUCUCUUUGUCCUCUCUCUCUGACUGCAACUCCACCAAGUCCCUGUUGCCCUCUGAUUCUGAUGACUUUGCCCCGACCCCUAGUAGUGCUCCCCCGGUGGUCUCUCUUGCACCGUCAUUAAACCCUCUGUUGGACCUGAGGGCCGAGAGUUUCAAACGAGAGCCCAAUCAGUCCCUCACACCCACCCACGUCUCUGCAACUAUGGCAUUAAACCGUGGGCACCGCCGCACACCCUCUGAUGGGGCCAUCCGUCCUCGAGCACAGACGGUCGUGGGGCAUCGACGCACCCCCUCUGAUGGGAGCAUGCCCUUCAUCCCCACACCAGCCCCGACCAUUACACCAUAUACAGGUUCCCGUGAAGCUCUUGACAUUCCACGUCUGCCUGACCCGUCUCUGGUCUACCCUUCAGCCCAUCGCCGCAAGCCUCCUCCUCCCAUCCCCGUACCAGAGCCAGACAGCCAUACGGGCACACUCGAGCGUCCCAAAACCCUCGAGUUUGCUCCUCGCCCUCGACCAACCCCGGCUCGGGCACGUCCGGACCCCUGGAAACUAUCAUCUCUGUCCCAGACGCUCAGUUCGUCUCCAGGUAGCAGCUGUGACAGUCCGCUGGGCUCGGGUGACAGCGGAGUGAGCGCUGGAGUGGGAGUCGUCCAUAAAAGCCUUCUCGACAUGGACAUGGAAGGCCAGACCCAGGACAACACCACCCCCCUGUGCGGACAACACCCACAGGCCACUCUAUGUGGUCAACAUUACUCAUAGAAAGACAGACACCCCACCGUCUGGUGCACCCUAAACAGCACUCUGUGGCUGUCGUAAGAGGUUUCCCCCACAGUUUGCCCCGUGAUCCCAUCAGACCACGUUCUCUGGCAGCUCUAAUGGAAAAGCUGUCCUCUGCAGUAGCUAGACAGACGCCUCGUCGACCGGUUAAGAGAUAAAUGACCUUGAUUUUGUGUUGUGUAUCUCAGCCUGUCCGCAAUGACUCAUUCUCUGGGAGUUUAAUGGGCCUUAUAACAGCUGCGAUCGGUUGGUUAAACAGUGGCCUAUUAGUGAGCAGGAGAGGGCAGUCUAACUACUGUAGGUCUGUGACAUUCCUUGUUUGUCCAUAUCCAUAUUAUCAUAGGGCAAGUCUCUCUCGCCUCUUCUUCUUCAUCAUGGUCUCCAUCGGUAUAACCAGUUUUUUUGGCCUGGAAGAAAAAUUAUAAUAAUUUUUUUUUUUUUUAAAUAACAUCAUCCCCUCCAGUGUGUACAUUGUAAAGUUUAGUGAUGCUUUCUGUAUUUACAUUCAAGAGAAUUGUGUAUGCAGUUAAUUGCAAUGAAACAGGGAGCUCUUUUCCAAGUUGCAUUCAUUGUAAUAUAUUGAUACAAUAUAAAAUAGGUGUACCAUAAGAAUUUUAUAUUUUUCUUUUUUUGGGGAAAAAACUAACAUACUCAUCUCAAACUACUCUCUGCAUGACCUAAUCAGAAUGUGAGAGCAGUAUAAACGGCAAAUGAAAUAUGAGAAGAUGCUUUCUCUCCAUGUGUGGAGGUACUUGGCACUUUCCAAGAAUAGGGUACACCUCUUUGUUUUUGUUUUUUUAAACCAUUAGAGGCAUAAAUCUCAUGUUUUUGGUGAACUCGUCAUGAAUUAACCUAAAAUGGGAAUUUUGGCCUGUCCCAC